AUCAAAACAAAUCGUCCUCGCACGCGGUUCGUUCGUGUCGUCAGUGCAGUGCUCGAAGGCUCGCAAAUUUCCUCGUAGUGAAUUUAAAAUUUCUCCUUUCUGUUUCAAAUUUUCCGGUGAAAACCCGUUGAUUCUUCCAAUAUCAAGACAAUCGGAUAUUCCGCAAGAUGGGAAAGCUCAAUGUUACCGUUUUACGGUACCUGAACAAGGAGGAUUUCCGUAUUCUCACCGCCAUUGAAAUGGGCAUGAAGAACCACGAACUGGUCCCAGGGGCGCUGGUGGCAGCCAUUGCCAGUCUUAAAGCCGGAGGUGUCCACAAAUUGCUGCGAGAGCUGUGCAAACACAAGUUGCUUUCGUACGAACGCGGAAAGAGAUAUGAUGGAUACCGUUUGACCAACACCGGAUACGACUAUCUGGCGCUGAAGUCUCUCACGCUCAGGGGAUCGGUUUCCGGUUUCGGCAAUCAGAUCGGCGUCGGAAAGGAGUCCAACAUCUACACGGUGGUCAACGAGGAGGGAACACCGCUCUGUCUGAAGCUGCACCGAUUGGGACGGGUUUGCUUCCGCAAUGUGAAGGAGAAGCGUGAUUAUCACGGAAAACGCCACAAGAUGAGCUGGCUGUAUUUGUCGCGUAUUUCGGCGACGAGGGAGUUUGCCUACAUGAAGGCGCUGUAUGAUCGAGGAUUUCCCGUUCCGGAGCCGAUCGAUUUCAAUCGGCAUUGUGUGAUCAUGGAACUGGUUGAUGGAUAUCCGCUGACGAACAUUUGCGAGGUAGGCAACGUGGAAGCGCUGUAUGACGAUCUGAUGAACUUGAUCGUGCGGUUGGGCAACUGUGGAGUGAUCCAUGGCGAUUUCAACGAGUUCAACAUCAUGAUCAAGGACGAUCAGACUCCGGUGCUGAUCGAUUUCCCGCAGAUGGUUUCGACUUCGCAUCCCAACGCUGAGAUGUAUUUCGAUCGGGACGUUCAGGGGGUGAGGGAUCUGUUCCGGAAGAAGUUUGGAUACGAAAGUGAAGAGUAUCCGAAAUUUUCUGAUUUGGAACGAGAGGAUGAACUGGAUAAGGAGGUGUUGUGUUCCGGAUAUGGAUUCACCAAGGAGAUGGAGGAGGACAUUCUGAAGGAGUAUCAUCAGGAAGGGGGUUCGGAGGAUGAUGAAGAAGAUAAUAGCGACGAUGAAUAUCAGGAUAGCGUGACGGGCGAUUUAGAUGAGAAUGAAAUUGAGGAAUGCAGGAGGAAGCUGGAAGUGGAAAUCAAGUUCUCAGAGGAGAAAGCAGCACAACCAUCCAAGCAAGAGGAUAAGAACUCCAGCAUCCUGAAAUAUAUCGCAUCCAUGUCGGCUGAAGAAAUGGAAAAGCCAUUCGACGAAGGCGAGGAAGAGAUUUUCAAUGAUGCCCUGCAAGAUGCAUCCACAUCGGCGUCUGUUCCAUUCCUAGAGCCUAUUAUUUCACACCAAGAGUUGAGUCACUCCAAUCAAGUGGACAAAGACGAUGAUGAUGGGGCUUCGAUCAGUUCAAACGAACUGAUCACCAACGAGGAGGAUGAUAAACUGGCCGAACUGGAUCCCAACUCGCGAGAGUAUCGUAUGGUUAUGGUCCGGAAGCUGCUGGAUGAUGCCCGAAGUGCACGCUCCUACUCGACCACGGCCAGUACGAUUGCGCCCUCGGUGGUGACGGAUCGCGUCAAGGGAGGCAUCCGGCAGCAGGAGAAGAAAGACCAGAAGAAGCGAGCCGUUCCCAAGGGAGAGGCCAGUGCUGUCCGGCGAAUGCGAAAGGAUAACAAUAGUAUCGUCAAAGAGUACCGAGGGUGGGAUUUCUAGUGAGGUAAGUAUAGGCCUAGUUUGUUAUACAUUAAUAUAUUUGUAAUCAUGA